AUGACUCGUUACUUCUGCUGUGGAAGCUACUUCCCAGGCUAUCCCUGCUAUGGAACCAACUUCCGUGGAACCUACAGAGCCACUCCCCUGAACUGUGUGGUGCCUCUGGGCUCUCCUCUGCAGUACGGCUGCGGAUGCAAUGGCUACAGCUCCCUGGGCUUUGGCUUUGGUGGUAACAACUUCUACAACCAGAGCUCUUGCUAUGGUCGCAACUUUAUCAGGCCAUGGGGCUCUAACUCUGGUUUUGGCUACAGCACCUACUGA